AUGGCUCCGCAAACCACAGUCAUUAAUGACACGCCUGACAAGUACUUCAACAAGGAAAAACUCUCUCACAAGAAAAUAAAGCCUCUCACUCUCGUAUUCAUUCAACAACAUGAUAAAAAACGAUUAUUGUUGGGAUUGAAGAAACGAGGAUUCGGACAUCUCAAAUAUAAUGGCUUCGGAGGGAAAGUCGAAGAACAAGAUAACUCCAUCAUGCAUGCAGCUCAGCGAGAAUUAUUGGAAGAAUGUGGAAUUCAUGCGACACAUUUGAUAAAGAGAGGUUUAAUUCUAUUUGAAUUUGAUCCGCAAUAUGAAACAAGCGUCUUGGAAGUACAUGUGUAUUCAUCAAGUGAUUAUACUGGAGAAAUAUCGGAAAGUGAAGAAAUGAAACCCGAAUGGUUUGACUAUGAUACCAUACCGUUUGAAAAGAUGUGGGCCGAUGAUGCCGUAUGGUUUCACUUGCUCCUUGAAGGCCCUGAAACCAAAUUCAGAGGACACUUUUUCUUUUCCGAUUUUUCAACCAUUGUGGAUCAUCAUUUGGAAAGAGUUCGAUCAGACAAUGAGUUACAUUCAUUUGUGUUGCCCAAAGAAUGA